AUGCGAUGCUUCGUCGGGACAAAAAUGCUGUCUUCUGCAGUGUGUUCCUUACCGCCAAUCUACAAUCUUCACUAUGAACGCCUCUGUAUAUCUGUUCCUCGCACUGUGUAACCUUCUCCAACUAGGAAGCUGGGCAAUCGCUGCUACGGUGUACAAUGUGACCAGUACAGUUUCGCUGGCCCCUGCCUCAUCACCUCGCCCUGAGAAACCUGUGCAUGAUGCUGACUACCACUCCUUCUCCAUCGAAUUCUGCUAUAUUGUGGACUACGCUGGGAAUGAUACACAUCCCAACCUCUUCUCGCGCCAGGUCAUCCAGAACCUCAAGGAUAUCGCUGGCAAGGCCCCCAUCUUCCGGGUGGGCGGGAGUACGCAGAACUCGGCGGUCUACUAUCCUGACCAGACAGAGGCGUUGAUUGAUCCAUUUGAUUCAAUUGCCUCCAGCCAACCGCGUCACUCGUACUUUGGCCCGGCGUUUCUGCAGUCCUUCCGGCAAUUCCCUGCUGGUUCUCAAUAUAUCUUUGGUCUGAACUUUUUUAAUUCUGAGAACGAAACUCUGUUCGAUGUGGGGAAUGGAUUGGCGCAGUGUGUUCUCGAGGCUCAUGCUGCCUAUCAUGCCAUCGGGGAUGCGCUCUACGGGUUUGAGAUUGGAAAUGAGGUCGAUUCGUGGGCCGGAGGCCAACGACGACCGGCGAACUGGACGAUCCAAGAAUACGUCGAUCAGUGGAACGAGUAUGCGUCGGUCGUCAGCAAAAACCUCACUCAACAUGAUGCGGAUCAGCUGUUUCAGGGAUGUGCUUUUGAAGCUCCGCGCCACGUCACGACAGCGACGGACUGGAACGUGGCGAAUGCCGAAGCGGACGGAAUGCGCGUGAACAAGGCGAAGAGCGUGGCUGACCAUGAGUACAUGGGUGCCGCCUGUGACUACACCGGGGUGGGUCCCACGCUCGCGACGACGAUCUUUGACCGUACAAAUGUGCUGUCGCGGGUGUGGUAUCAUGACUACCUGGGCAACGCUACCGCGGCCUCGGGCAUCCCUUACGUCUUGGGCGAGACCAACUCGAUCUCGUGUCAGGGCGCGCGAGGCAUCUCGGACGUCAUGGCGGCGGCAAUCUGGGCGGUCGAUUACGUGCUGUACCUGUCGUCGCUACGGGUGGAACGCGUGCAUUUCCACAUGGGGACGCGGUACCCCUACUCCAGCUGGCUUCCUGUGACCUUCAACGAAACGGCGCCCACCGUGUUCCCCAUUUACUAUGCCGCCCUGUUCAAUGCUCACGUCUUCUCAGGCGGCAACAAGCAAACUGAGGUGCUUGUCAACACUACAGACUUUGGUGCGUACGCCGUCUACAGCCUGGGCAAGCUGGAGUCACUCGUCGCCGUCAGCCUGUCAGUGUGGAAUUCCACCUUCACUGCAACCAAGCGGCCUUACACGGCUCUCGAGCUGCCGGAGACCGGCUGGGAAAAUGCCAAGGUGAUGAGAUUGACCAACCCGGGAGUAGACGUGGCCGCGAACAUCACGCUGGCGGGCCAGUCUGUGAAUGCACAGGGCGAUAUCGUUGGCACCGCGGUGUAUCAUGCACCCAUAUCGCCUUGGACGACGUCGCCCUCUGGACUGAUAGCGGCGUUGAUGUUACCUGGUCCUGCGAGAAUGCUUAUGGCAGUCAACCUUGUCCAGAUAUUAAUAGUAAUGCCAUCAAGUGAUAACAUCAGCGUUAGUGGUGUAGCGGUUAGCAUUGUUGCCUUCCAAGCAAUAGAUCGGGGUUCGACUCCCCGCUGACGCAAUUUCUUUUUCGUUUUUUAUUUUUUCGGUGGCACACGAUCCAAACAUGAGAUCACAAAGGGUUGUUAUUGUCCCUUAUCUUAGACACAACGGUGGUGGAGCUAUACGUCGCCAUCGGCUUGAGCAGAGCUUCGGAAUCUUCGUUUACGAGACAGCUACAUUCGAGAAUAAGGGACCGAUCCAGUCCAUUCCAAUCCAGACCGC